GCAACGGCGAAUGAUGAAGACGCGUCUGGCCACCGUGUGAAAUAUGGCGGCGCCCAUGACUUCUUGAUUUUUUAAGCUGCGCUUCUGCAUACGGCAUCAUGUCUGUGACACUUCACACAGAUGUCGGUGACAUCAAAAUUGAGCUGUUUUGCGAAGCGUGCCCGAGGGCCUGUGAGAACUUCUUGGCCCUGUGUGCAUCUGAUUACUACAAUGGUUGUUUAUUUCAUCGAAAUAUUAAGGGAUUUAUGGUGCAAACUGGAGAUCCUACAGGAACAGGAAAAGGAGGAGAUAGCAUCUGGGGCGAUAAAUUCCCAGAUGAGCUGAGGGAUGACUUAAAACACAAUGUUCGUGGAGUAGUUUCUAUGGCAAACAACGGACCAAACACCAAUGCAUCACAGUUUUUCAUAACGUACGCUAAGCAGCCUCACCUUGACAUGAAGUACACGAUAUUUGGAAAGGUAAUAGACUUCAUCGACACAUUGGACGAGUUAGAGAAACUGCCAGUCAACCCAAAGAACUACAGGCCUCUUAAAGAAGUUCGGCUGAAUACAGUGACUAUUCAUGCAAACCCUCUCGCACAGUGACACCCACGGCAUGCAAGAUACGUGAAAUCCAGCAUGCAACAAGAAAAAGAUGGGUUUUUACACAGGUUUCUACUCAAGCCAUCACAACAAUGAGUUGCAUCUGCGCAACAUAAUUUGCAUCAGGAUGAGGUCUAUACUGCACUGAUGCAAAGCAGUAACUUAGAGCUGUUGAUUCUUGUGGCUAAAAUGAGAAGAAAAAAAAAAAAUUAAAGAGCUCUCUGUGGGUUAAAUGCCUGUCUCAAGCGUUGCAUUCAGUUUUAUUGAUUUUAAACAAUAGUGCACAAGCAUGCAAACAAGAAAACGACUAAAUCACCUGCAUGUUUAUUUUUACAAACUGUCAUACACCAAACAUGUUGCUGUGGAUGCAGCAUUUUUUUUCACUACCAAAACCUAAUUCCAUGGGGACGUAGUACUCCCCAUCCUAAGCCACACUGAACCCAGAAGUCCUACAAAGCUUCCCGUGGUACUCUGCAGACUGUCUGGGUAAACUGCGAGAAACUUUUCAAUUUAAGUACAGUAUCUUUAUUGAGUUCAGUGAAUUGAAAAAUGGGUCACUCACAGCUAUAGGACACUUCAGGACUGUGUCAGUGGGAACGAGGAUAUAUCUAACUAGCACACACUUGUGUAACAAUGCCUCCUACAUAUCGAGUGCAGCGAAAGGCGGCCAUCCAAUGUGACAAAAUGAAAAGAAUGUAUGUGGAGAGGGACACUCCAGUCAUUGCAGACAUAUUCACACUGAAGGCCGUUUGAAUAAUUUAGCAGCACUUCAAGGUCUUCCUCCAGUCAUAUUCUCUCUCUCAGGGUCAUAACACCAGCUAUGAAGCUGAAUUUGAGUUCUGUAGAUAUGUUAUAUAUACACACUCCAAAAUGUGAACUGCUGUUACAGUUUUAUUAUGUUGUACGUUUCUUGAGUGUGAAAUAUUCCUCACUUCAAAUGAGACCUAUGCCUGCAGCGAACAACACUAUUCAGCAAAAUACCCAGGGAAAUUGAGACCUACAUCUGUGGCAUGUGACACUGUACUCUGUAAUACCAAGUAAGAUGUAAUAUACCAAAUAAAUCUUGGACACAUUUCAAA